GGCCGGGAAGCUCGACCUCUCCGUCGCCUUGGCAACGGGCACGCGCCGUGGUCCUGAUUCAGAGCUUGAAGCCCAGCAGCACAUUGAGAGGCCUCCUUUGCUGAAAGUUUAGAAUAUGACUUCAUUAUUACGUCUAACAUCAUCGCCUAUUCAAUCUACUGUCACACUCAAUGCCAGAAGAACAGAAUCCCAUGAUAUUCCUAAUAUUGUUGGUCACAUGAAAUAUGAUACAGAAAGACUUUUUGGCAGAGUCAAUGUUAUUUAUCUUUUAGAAAAAGCCAACCUUGCAGUGACUGUGAUUAAUGAGAAGAAUAUACCUGUUGCUCAUGCUGCAUUUGUGGACUACCCCAAUUGGGAUUUUGUUGAUGAGGCUCACUGGGAAUCAUACUUAGAAGAAAAUUAUGAUAAUGUUAGGUGUACGCCUUUAAAUACAUUGUUCUUGCAUCUGUUUGUGACAACUGAUGAAUAUGUCGUUGAUUGUUUCCAUGAAAUUAUGAAGACUGUCUUUAAAACCGUACCAGAGCUGCAUUUCAUACUUCUCUUCGUGCCAUCUCAAGAGGAUUUGGGUUUAGAUUUAGCAACUGCUUUUGUACCAAUGGAGAAUAAAGGUCCAACUUUGCAAAUAGAAUAUAGCCUGUAUGUGGCUCACAGGCACCAGUAUCGCCCUCAGCUCUAUGUGCGCCAUGCCAGGGUAGAAGACCAUGAUGAUCUCACCCCUAUCUUUGCACGCCACAAUGAUACUCUGAGAGAAACGUACGGAGACUACUUCCUUGCUGAAUUAAUAGAAGCCCAAGAUGAAGAGAAUAUUGCUGUGGUUUGUGAGGAUGAUGGAUUUGCAGUGGGCUUCAUGAGUGUAUGCUCUGAAGUGAAUGUACAAUUGCUUCAUGACUGCUUUGACUUGGGCCCCUUUCAUGGACUGUGUAAACCACACCCAGAUGACAUUCUUAAGCCACCCCCAAUGCCAGUUGACACAGGUGAAGAAUCCAGUAGUCUCGCAAGUGAAAAAGAAGAGAGUACAGGUAGCCAGGAUAAAGAUAUCCAGAGAGAUGGCAAAAUUGAAAGCACUAUUUCUCAGCCUUCUCAUACUGGCAUAAUAUCUAUAAAAGGAAGUGUUCAGAGUAAAUCGUCAGACGUGAAAGAGGGAUUGCAAAUUCAGUCUUCAGUAGAAUUGCCAUUAGACAAAGACGCAAGCAAGAUUUCGAAAGCCACGGAGACACUAUCCACUAUCAGUCUCGAUAGAGAAGCUUUUCACCCAGUGUAUAAAGGAGCAGUAAAUGCUUUCUGUAUUCAGCUCUUUUGUAUUGAUGAGAAAUAUGAAACAAGGUCACUGGAUUUUCUCAAUGUUGUUUUCAACCUUUUCCCAGAUAGAGAUUUCUGCAUUAUUUCAGUACCACAUAUGGUGCCUGAAUUUCACUUAAUUCAGAACUUUGUCAGGAUCAUUCCCUUUAGUAAUUGCACACUGAAUCAGGAGCUCUAUGUGUUUCACCGCUCUGGACUGCUGAAGUCUUUUCUUGUAAGAGCAGCAAGAUCUGAUGAUAUCCCUUCUGUUGAUUUGCUAGUGAAAACCUUAGAAUUGAACAAGAGUAUUUUGGAUGAUGUAGAUAAAUACAUAGAAGCACGAAGAGAUCCAGAUGGGACACCAGUGAAGGCAUUUGUAGCAGAAGUCUUGGAUCAAAUUGUUGGAAUAGCAGUUAUUAGGAAUGAAGUGGAUAUUGAAUAUAUUCGCUCGCACUACAACAUUGAAGACUUUAUUUAUUUCAGCCAUUAUCAGCAAGAAGAACAUGCACAUCUUUACCAUUUUGCUCUAAAUCCUAUCUUUCAUCACUAUGCAAAACAUUUUAUGAAGGAGAUACUUCGGCUUGCCUUCAAAUCCUGUCUCUACUACCCUAUUUAUCCACAGCCUGAAGAAGGGAAGUUCCAGAAUCCCUCUGCCCAUUCCCUGACAUCUGCCCUUCAUUACAUGGUUCCCGUGCGACCAAGACGACAGAUUGUCUAUCCUUUGGAAAAACUUGGCAUAAACGCUCCAUCAAAAGAGGUCUCUAAGGAUCAGUUAAAGUAUGCUCUGAACCACUUUAAUCGAAAGUUGUCUUUAGAGCCUAAGGUGUCUGUCAAUGCUAGAAUUGUAGUCGUUGGUGCAUCAAAUGUUGGGAUCUCCUUCUUGGAAACACUGAUUUUUUGCCCACACUUGAAAUUCAACAAUCUUACCUUGGUUUCAACUCAUGGACUGCCAGGGAAAGGUGAAUCAAACAAUCUGAGAUGUUUAAUUAACAGCCACUGUUUUAAUGAAGAUGACUAUGCAUUGAUGUCACUUGCUUCAUGGAUUAAAGUUGUGGCUGGAAAAAUGAUUGGUAUAGACAGAUCUGCAAAGCAUGUCAUAGUUUCCAAUAAUAAAAAAGUACCGUAUGACCACCUUAUUCUCUGCACUGGCCAGCAGUAUCAGGUCCCAUGUCCUACUGGUGCAGAUAUUAAAAAAUUGUUAACCAACAGAGAGGUCCCAAACACGAGUGAACAAAAAUAUACAGGAACUGUGCCUUCCAAUCUUUUUGUUAUUUGUGAUGAUGAAGAUACCUCAAUGGCUAUUAAGUGGCUCAAAGAAAAAGUUGUUAAUAAUUCAGGAAAUGUUAUUGUCUAUGGGAAUACCAUUGACGUUUAUACCACUACAGAAUCCCUCUUAUCAUUAGGAAUUGAGGGCAACCAGAUACACCUUGUGCAUCCUCCUGCCGUCUCCAAUGUUACUUCUCUCAAUAACAAUCCUAUUGAGAAGGCUGUCCAAAAAGCAUUGGCCAGGGCUGGUGUGACUGAAUAUCAUGACAGCCUGUUGGCUCAGUGGAAUGAAGGAGACUACCCAGAUCCAAUUACAUUUGCAUCGUUCACUACUAAAACAAAGCCAUUUAAGUUGCAAUGUUCUGCAUUCUUUAACUUUACCAACAAGAAUGUGGAUUAUGAUGCCUUCAAGGCAGUUAAUGACGCCUGUCUUGUUUAUGAUGGGAGGCUUGUGAUUGACACCAACUUCCAUACCAAUGAUGUGGCCAUCAGAGCUGCAGGUCCAUUGACCAAGUUCUCCAAUAUAUAUUAUGCCAAUGAAUGGACACACAUCAACUUUAGCUCAAAAGAGAUUGGUUUCCAGCUUGCUGCCACCAUGCUGAAUCUUUUUGAUCCAACUCUGGAGCCAGUGUUUGAACCUCCAGAAGAUUUGGAUAGACUUAUUCCCAUGUACAAGGGAUGCAAAAUUCAAGGUGGUGUUCUACCUGGAAAAUAUAAUUACUUGCAUAUUUUUAAACCUGGAUUACCCGGCCGUUUAGAUGUUCAAGAAUCACAAUCUAAUUAUGGGAUGGCAAUUACGACAGGAGAUGCAGUAAAGGGGACUUAUUUCCGAAUCCAUAUCAAUCAGUACAGUAUGGUGGAAACUAUUACCUGCUUUUCAACGAAGCCUAUUCCUGCCUCCAAUUAUAUAUGCUUGUAUGGACAGCAUGAGCGUCUUCUGAAUAAUCUUUGUUCUCGUUGGAGAGAAGGACUGAUCACAAAUCUCUAUAGCUACUUCAAGGAACCUUGGGCCCUGGCCAUCUUUCACGAUCGUUUUAUUGAUCUGAAGAAAGAACUGCGCCAGAUUCUAGCAUCUGCGGAGGAUGAAGAUAUUCCUUCCAUGGAAGAACUCAUUCGCCAAGUGGUGGAAGGGGAGCUUACACUAUAUGAGAGACCAAAGACUUACCUCAAACGGUCCUAUAAAAACUCGAUCCACAAAAGACUGGUGGAGAAAAGCAUUCUCAGUUAUCUGGACUAUAACCAUUAUCACCUGCCAAUGUUUGCUUGGCCAGGCAUCGUUUAGGAAUUGCUGGUUUUUUUCAUUUAGAAAGUCAGUUCUGGGAGUGAGAGGGGGCAUGAUGGUAUAUUACUCAGGUCUCAUUUUUUCCUGACUGCUCAAGUGAAAAUGUGUCUUUUUAAAACACCCCAGUAGGUGGAGCAUAAUGCUAAUUUUAUAAAUCAGGAAAGCAGUCUCAAAACAUAAAACAAAAACCAAUGCAGUUUUAAGUGACAUUCAAAACAGUUCCUACAGAGUGCAAAAUUUUCUGAAAGCUAUCCAUUAAAGAUAUAUAUUUUUAAUUUUAAGGCAUUUAUUCUUUGCUCCUGUUUAUCUGAUCUGAAACCAGCAAAAUUCUGAUCAAGGGCCUUUGUCUCCUUUUCAGUGACUCGGUUUAAUAUUGCAGGAACUCCGUUUCACUGCACUGACUCAGCUUUCUGAGUUUUGCUGCCUUUAAGCCCUGAAGUCGCCUGAGCUGCUCUGAGCCAGGGACUCCCUCCCAAGCAGAACCUGACAGAUGGCUGGUGAUAUUUGCAUACUGCAUUUUAGCUUUUUAAUUGUUCGUUCCAAAUGCGAACUUUGUAUCUCUCUGUCUUCCUGGACAGAAGGUACAUUGUAGUGGGAGGGAGGUCAAUUCUCUAAUGUGCUGGCUAGUGACCCAGCAGCUGUGGGGUUAACUCCCUUUCCAGAGGCAUCUCAGCAACCCAUUGACCAAUUGCAACUUGGCCCAUUGAACGUUGUUUGCUAUUGGCCCAAUCAAUAAAAUAGAAAAAUCACCCAAGGCGGGAAAAUAAAGCAAAUGAAAUCUGUCAAAUGAAAUUGGACUGUUUCCCUUUAUUCCAAAUAGUGAAUUUGAGGAUAUAGAAUACUGGUAGUAAAAGUACCACAAUAAAAUACACACUUUUGAAUAUAGACACCUUUACUUCUGACAUAGUUAUAAUUUGUCUCUGCCAAAUGAAGGGCCAUAAUACUAACUGAAAAAAGAAGGUUGGGACUACGAGGCCAAACACCUACCAUAACAUUUCUUACCGGUUUUCACAAUUUCCUUUCUCCCCAAGAUUGCACUCCUAUAUGUUUCAGCCUAGAACCAAGUCCUACUGAGAAUAGUAACUUAUUCAUAUGUCAGUGUUUACUGGAUUGCACUGCUAAACUUUCUUGACAUUUCUUGGGUUUCUGUUACAUUCGUUUAGUUUGAUUCCAAUAUGUGGUAUGUGCAAGAGAACUAAUUGAAAGUGAGACAGAAAGAAGUAUAUGAUGAUUUGGACAAGGUAAAUUAUAGUAUGAGGCUACCAGAAAAGCUCUGAAAUAUACAGAAAACUUCUUUUAAAGGCAGAACAAAAAUUACAUAUCAAUAACUUCAAUACUGUUGUCUAAAUUUUGUUUUCUAACAUAACCUUGUCUUGACUUAGCUUUCUAUAAUUUCACCCAGUUGUCACCUCAUGUCAGAAAGGGAAAUGUUCUCUUCUUUCCUGGCUUACUUUAGUGGUUUCCUUUGCUACAAUCUUGUAUGUUUGUGCUUUCAAGAUAUGUAAUAACCAAAUAUUUAUAGUAGUACUGUAUUUUUUAGUCAUCUCUUAAAAUAAGUUGACAUUAAAGAGGAGUUGGACUUUGUAA